GGCGUGCACGGAACUUUUGCUGUGAUAACAUCUCAUAUUUGUGAGAUAUUUCUUCUCUGCUUGGGUUGAAAAAAAAGUCAGCCUUCUGUCGACAAGACGACAAGAGGACAGCACGUCUUUCGGAGAUGGCGCUGGACAGGAGACUGGACCUGCUGCUCGGACUUGUCUUGUUCGUGCAGUGUGUGCACGACGCGGGAGCCCAGCUCGCAGACUGGACCGGCGUUCCCUACUCGUACGGACAAGAGGGGCAGGACGUGCUGGUGGACAUGAAGACGUACGCUCAGCGAUGGAGGAGAUGGCUUCCAAACAGUGCACGUAGCAUGGACACGAACAGGGCCAGUCAGGAAGACGAGGAGGACGAGGAAGAGGACGGCUUUCCAGGCCUGAUGUCAGCAGAGGAGGCUGACAACAGCUCGCGCAUUGAAGAGGACACAGACCACAACUACUACACAUCCAAAAGAUACGGGCCGUCGGACCCCAUGAGCAAAGGCUUGUGGGUGAACAUUGAGCAGAUGGACAAAGAGAAAGUGAAGAUUCACGGCAUUCUGUCCAACACGCACAGACAAGCGGCAAGAGUCAAUUUGUCCUUCGAUUUCCCUUUUUAUGGACAUCUCCUGCGUGAAAUCACCGUGGCAACUGGCGGGUUCAUCUACACGGGCGACGUUGUGCACCGCAUGCUAACCGCCACACAAUACAUUGCUCCACUUAUGGCCAACUUUGACCCCAGUGUGUCCAGAAACUCUACCGUCAUAUACUUUGACAACGGUACGUCUCUGGUGGUGCAGUGGGACCACGUCCACCUGCAGGACAACUACAACCUGGGCAGCUUCACCUUCCAGGCCACGCUGCACGACAGCGGACGCAUCGUCUUCGCUUACAAAGAGAUCCCCAUCGAGGUGUCACAGAUCAGCUCCGUCAAUCACCCGGUGAAGGUGGGCCUGUCUGACGCCUUCGUGGUGCUGCACAAAAUCCAGCAGAUACCCAACGUGAGGCGGCGAACCAUCUACGAGUACCACCGCGUGGAGCUGACCAAGCUCAAGAUCACCAACGCCACUGCCGUGGAAAUGACACCUCUGCCCACGUGCCUUCAGUUCAGCACAUGCGGAGCGUGCAUCUCCUCGCAGAUUAACUUCAACUGUAGCUGGUGCCAUCGACUCAACAGAUGUUCCAGUGGAUUUGACCGCCAUCGGCAGGACUGGGUGGACCACAGCUGUCCAGAUGAGACGAAGGACAAGAUGUGUGACAUUAUUGACACCACAUACCUCUACCCCAAAACCACCUCCAUUGCUGCCAAAACCACACCCAGGAGCAAAGAUGCCCCGCCUUCCAGCUUAAAGCCUCCUACCAGUGCCCCCACUGAAGACGAUACCAAGAUUGCACUGCACCUUCGAGAAAACCAAGUGAUGCCAGUGGACAGCGUGGCAGACAGGAAGACGGGCAUGCAUCCUCUGCACACAGGUUUGAUUCUGGGGGUCCUCCUAGUGAUGCUGAUCCUGGUGGUGGGCGUGCUGGUCUACAUCUACCAUCAUCCCACGUCGGCCGCCAGCCUCUUCCUCAUGGAGAGACGGCCCAGCAGGUGGCCAGCCAUGAAGUUCCGUCGGGGUUCGGGCCGUCCGGCGUAUGCGGAGGUGGAGCCUGCGGGUCAGGAGAAGGAGGGCUUCAUCGUCUGUGAGCAGUGCUGAGGGAUCGCACUUCCACUGCUCCACCCCGCCCCCCCCCCAUUUUAUUCUUCUUCCACUCCAGCCCUCCUCAUCCUGCUGGAGGAAUUACUCAUGAACCUGAACCUGGUCCUGGACAUGGAAAGGGACAUGGAUCUGGACCUGGACAAACGCAACAGCCAGAAACCCUGGAGAAGGAACUUAUUAUGGCAAGGAACUGAGGGGGGCUGUCGUUGCCAUGGAGAUGUUCUUCUUCGUCUGUUUACUGCCCCCUACUGCUUUUAAAGAGCGCUGCAGGCUGGACUAACUUUCUGCAGCGUGUUGGAGCACAAAGUCCAAAUGUAAAAAAAAAAAUGUUUUUGUCCUUUGAAACAUAAUCUUCUUUAUUCUUACUUUUGGCAUUUUUGCUUUAGGAGUUUGCACUUUUUUCCAGGUGGUACUAAUGCGACUUGACAAGACAGGCGCUUGUGUGUGUGAUGAAUCUAUUUUGUUAGUGUGUGUAUGUGUGUGCGAUGAAUUUAUUUCGUGUGCGUGUGUCUGUGUGUGAGAUGAAUUUAUUUUGUAAGUGUGUGUGUGUGCAUGGACAAAGACACAAAAAGACAGUUUGCUUGAAUUGUAACUAGGCAGGAAACAGCUGCUGCUUUUCUCUGAAUGAAGCAUUCAUGUGCUCAUUACUGCCUCACACAUUCAUUACAUUUUCAUGUCACUUGUAUUUAUACUGAAAAAAUAUUUUUGUAAGUGUUGUUUUCUAUUGUUUCUUUUUCAAACUGCUAAUGACAAAUAAGAAUGGAACACCUUUCUAGUUUUAUUUCAAACCAAAGUCUGGCACAGCUUACUCAAUGCAAAUUAGUGCUUAAUUGAAGAACAUUGGCACAUUGCUACAAAUGUAAACCUCAGAAUCCAUUAGCAUGCUAUGCUAACUAGCAUAGCAACACCUGGUGUGCUUUUAUUUCGUUUAUUGAACACUUUAACCACUAGAGGUGUGGGAAACGUUCAAGAUUGACGUCAAGGAUGAUGAUGUCAUGGCUCGUUAACGACGGACGUCAUGGAUACCGGUAGUUUAGUGACUGGUGAUGUCAUGGCUAGUUAACGACUAUGAUGUCAUUGAGUCAUGCUCAUUAAUUAACGGCUGAUGAUGUCAUAACUUGUUAACGAUGUAAUUGUUCAUUAACUGAUUAUCUCGGCAAGUUAACGACUCAUGAUGUCAUUGAUGUCAUGGCUCGUUAACGACUGACGUCAUGGCUAGUUUAGGACUGUUGAUAUCAUGGCUAGGUAAUGAUUGACGUCAUGGUUCGUUAACGACUGAUGAUGUUAUUGAUGUCGUGGCUUGUUAACAACUGAUGUCAUGGCUAGUUUAUGACUAAUGAUGUCAUUGACGUCAUAGCUAGUUAACUAAUGAUGUAAUCGCUCGUUAACGACUGACGUCAUGGCUAGUUACGACUGAUGAUGUCAUUGAAGUCAUGGCUCGUUAACAACUGUUGAUCUCAGGGCUAGUUAAUGACGGAUGAUGUCACUGAUGCCAUGGCUCGUUAAAACUCUGACUUUGCUGUGGUCAGGUGUCGUGUGUGCGGAUUUGAGACCGAAGGGCACCUCCUUUUCCACGAUCACAUAACGGAGCAGUGGCGCGUGUUACUUUAACCCCACCUUCAAAACUGCUAAUGUCCAACCCCUGCCCCGCUGAAAGCGCACCUACAGUUGCCAUGGCAACCCCGCUAGCGAUGAACACCUCAGAGCAUCACUGCUUUAUCUGACAGAGGUCGUUCCCAGAGCAACAGGAGCUGUUCACUUCCUGGACACGCAGAAAAUAAAAGGUGUUUUUUUUCCUAAUUGUUCUUGUUUGGUGAGGAGGGCGGGGUGAUGAUUGGCUAAAGGUAGAGUACAAUUCAUGGUUAGCCAAUCAGUGCCAGAGUUGAGGCGUGUGGGUGUAUCUUUCUGGACACGCGUUGGAAGUUUGUUUUAGAUACUUUUUUCUCUAAAUUGCGUUGGAACAUUUCCGUGUUUUUUCCCGUUUUUCAAGGGAGCUAAAUUUAAAUUUAAAAUGUUUUGUCGACAUCGUUGGGUAAUUGUCACGCCUGAACAAAGUAUUAUUAAAGGAUACUCAUCAGAUGAGUGAAGGAUCACUUUUGUCCAGUAGUUGUCGCUGAAGUUGACCGGUCUCAGAGGGGCGUCCUCACGACCCCGUCUUUCUUUAGCUUGUCAGACAGAAGUUUCAAAACUGCCUGAUAUGUAAGCACCAUUACGAGAUGCGGUAAGAAAAGUAGUCUGUGUCAAUCAGUUCUGUUGUUUUAGUUCUCAUUAGGUGUCUUUUUCGUGAAGGAUAAUGGACUAUAACCUGGUGAAUUGGUGCUCACUAGCUUCCGGUGACAAGUGUACGUAGACGACAAUGAACGUCUUGAUAAAAUUAUUACGAGUAAAAGUCGCCAUGUACAUACAUUGGCGUUGAUAGUACAAAGAUGACGUCCCCUUUAGUGCUUAAGGUUACGUAAGAUGACAAAAAAACAAACCGCAAAGACGAGUUGGGCUGCAUUCCAAAAUGCUAGGGUUUCCUCUGUCCUUAAAACAAUGAAGUCAACUGCCUCCACAAAGAAACCGUGUGUGUCUGAGCAUACAGAUAUAAUAACACAAACAGUCCAAGUCGGUUAUAAGUGCCUUUAUUAGUACAUUUACUAUUUGGUCACGGAUUUACACCAUCUGCAGUCACUGGUAAAAAAAAACAAUUACAGUAGUUAACUGCUGAGUCAUUGCAAUUAGGCCAAAAUGGAAUGCAGCACUCACCAGCAACCAGCGGAGGCGCCG